CGAUUUGCAUACUUCUCAAGAUAGAUUUCACAGUUUCACUGUUCACCAUUUUGUAAGCACUGAAAGAUAGUUGAAAAAUAAUUUGUUGGAUUUAAAAAACUAACAAUAAAUUUCAAAAAUGUGUUAACUAACUCAUUAUUUCUGAAAAGAGACAGUGUGGAUCAAUUUUGUUUUGAAAGCAUACAAAUUGGAAUAACAAACGUUAUUCUAACAGCAUUUGAUGGCCUCUGACAAGGACUCUUGAUAUGUUUAACAAGUCGGCAUUGUAUUUGAAAAGUAAAUAAUUGUAGAAAAUGCUUUUGAAUUUGUAUCUGCAUUCUGAUAUAUUUGUAACCCUGAAAUAAUUACCAUCCACACACAGUUCCAUUGUGGUGUAGUGGUCAGUGCAGUUGACUUGUAAGUAGGAGGUCCCAUGUUUACAUUCUCUCUGCAUGUCCUCCAUUUUUGUACUUUAAAUUAAAGAUACAAAUUAGUUACCGAAGGUAUGGGUUUGUAGCCUGGCCUGCCAGACUCGUCCUCUGUUUAAUUCUGCACAGAGAAUGAGUCUGGUAACUCUCCUCUUCAAAUAACUCCUCCCUGUGAGAUUUCUAACCGAGCCAAUCAGCGCUGAGUAUCGUACGUCACACACCACAACGCCAGGGGCGUGUCCAGGGAGUGGCCUGGGGUAGCACAUGCCACCCUUGGAAUCUUAUUGGCCACCCCAGGUGCCACCACACUAAUUUACCUUUAAAUAGGCUUUUCAUUGUCCACAAAAGGCUUGGGGGUAAAACAAAAAAGCACAACCAUUGGUGCCACCCAUGCACAAAGUUGUGCCUCACCUGGGCCACCCCAUUUUAAAAGAUCUGGACACGCCACUGUACAACACCGAGUUUGUCGAACAUGGCGACUGAAGCGGAGUUCGCUGCGGCUCUUUUCUCUGGUCUAAAUAACUUGGACACAACAAGUAGAAGCACUAAAAGCCUUUUUUCUAAAGAAAGAUGUUUGCGCUGUUGCCAGACUCCAUUUUUGACUACAGCUAAAAAACUACAGCGCUGCGGACGUCACACACGGCGAUGCUCACUUUCUCAUAAACAGCGAAAACAGCGGCGGAGUUCACUGCGGCUCUUUCCUCUGUUCUAAACGACUCAAAUGUCGUUAAAACCACAAGUAGAAGCACUAAAAGCAUUUCUUCUAAAAAAUAAAAAUGAUGUUUGCGCCGUUGCCAGACGCUAUUUUUUUUUACUACAGCUAGAAAACUACAGCGUUUUGCGGUACAGUCGGGAUUUCCAUCUUUUUUCUGACUGGUUACUUUGAGCUGCCUAGUCCCGCCCCUCAAGUGCCUCUCUGCCUGUGAGUUACCAGACUCUUUCUCUGUGCAGAAUUAAACUGAGGAGGAGUCUGGCAGGCCAGGCUAGUGGGUUUGGCAUGUAAAAAGGUACAAAUUUGGACCCAGAGUUGAUGGUACGAAAUGGUACCUUUGAGGGUACCACCCCAGUGACAAGACAUUGUACCCCUAAAGGUACAAUUCUGUAUUUUAAUUUAUGAGUGUGCACCCAGUCAUGGAGCGUAAUGUUUGGCUGUCUUUCAAACUGCCUCCUCAAGUCAGUCGACAGCAAUAGAACCAAUCGGAGCAACGAACAACGUGACAUUCUCAGUCAACGGGACAGUCCGUCAUACAUCGUCAAAGAAACAGCAAAUACAUCCUUACCCCAAAUAAAUUAAAAGAAAGGCUCAAGUCUAAAUUGUUGAAGUUGAUGCCAAAUGUAUUUUAAGUGUCCCUGUGGAUGCCAUCUUUAUAGUUUUUCUCCACCACAGCUCUGGUGUGUAGAGUGCUGUGAUUGGCCAGACAUAAAACAGAGCAAGUCACUGGUAGACCUGCUGAGGAUAGCGUGGCUAGACCAAAUAGCAGAGCAAAAUCUUUUGCUUUGGUCUAGAUUAAUUGGCUUCUGUUUUAUUAGCCGGUUGCCAUGUUGUAACAAAAGUGUUGUUGGAAAAGAUUUUGUUUAUAGAUAAAGUCCCUGCAAGUAUGAGGAAAUGUACUUUUGUUUAGAUAAGUCACACUCCAACCAUUCACUCGCCAAAGCAGCUUGACACGAACAAAAAUAUUCCUGUCAGCACAAAAUGGUUGUUACAGUAUAUUUACUUUGGCUCGCUCUUUUUUAAAAUGUGUUUAGAUUUCAGAUUCCUCGAUAAACAUUUGUCAUUACAGGCUACUGAAACAGGUAACAGGUUGACUGGAAAUGUAAGACGGUGGAAUGACAUUGUUGAUUCUUGAGAUGUGCUGCUGUGAUUUCCCUAAAGAAAACAAAAGAUUAUUUCCCAUGAAAGUCAUGCAACUCGAAACGGCAAAGAAAAGAAAAAAGAAAAACUGUCUCCUUUUGUUACGGCGUACAGCAUUUAUCGGAAAGGGACAAACUAUUAUAACAGUAAAAUGUCCAGAUCCUUCCUCUUCAACAUACUGGAUAUUAAAAUACAAACACCAACCUGUUUUCCUUUGAGGGGAAUAAUCUGUUUACUAGUACAUAAACUAUAAUGAACCCCGAAAGUCAGUCAGCUGCAGCAGACCCUGUGCUGCUGAGGGAACAGCUUGCAGAGCCGGUGAUCAAGCAUCAUGAUUAAGCACCAACUGCGAAAGACUCUCCAUGUGUUCAGUCCAAUUCAGGCUGGCGCUGAUUACUCUCAUCAGGGCCCCUUAUGCUGCAGGGUUUGGAGCUGCACCAACUGCUGUUUGAGGUACCGGUUCUUCCACGAAAUUAUUUGAUUACUGGACAUAUGGGUGGAAAUAAAGCAGCAUUAUGAUAAGGGGAGUGGUACUGAGGAAACAGGAAGGAAUAUGGAUUUUUUUAUUUAUCCUGUAUUAGAUACAUUUAUUAUGGGAAUAAAGUUUAAUUGUGGAAAAUAAAGUCUUAAUAGCAAAAAUUAAGCUGGGAACUUUAGAGAACAGUAUUUGAUUAAUUAAAAUGCAAUGUAAAUAAUAAACUGCUUUAUUACAGCUUCAACUUAUAAAUGAAUGAGACAAAAUGUGGUCUGGGCUUUUUGUGUCAUAGUUAGCUUCUCAUUCAAAACAGUAUUUAAAUUGUUUCAACCAAUGUAUUUUUAUAGGAUUUAACAAAACUAUUACAUUUCUCCUUCAAACUUUAUUCAUUCUUCGUUACUUUUUUAAUUCUGCUUUGCAGCUCCUUGCAGUAACUCUUGUCACCGCCUUGCGUCGCUGUCGUAAACUGUAGCGCAUUUUUUCAUAACAAAACGCCACAUCCGGUGACUUUAUCUAAAGGGUCUGAGAAGCUGCAGGACUGUGCAUUCAUGUUGCGUGUGAUUGCAACAUCCCUGUGCCUUCAAUGCCAUCAUGCAACAACUCUGCAUUUAAAUGUCAGGGCAUGGGGGACCCUCAGUCCUAGAGAGAACCAGCAGACUGUGGAGGCUUUUUAUGAGCUUUCUGUGGACAUCCAAAAGGUUCGGAAACUUAAGGGCUGGGUGCUACAUCAGUUUCCAGCCUACACUAAGGAAGUAGCUGCUCUGCUGGAGGACAUGGGUGCCUCGGGCUCCAUCAUCGCUCACGUUCUAGCUGUCCAUCCUGAAGCCAUCCUGUGUAAUCCAGAGCAGAUGCAGACUCAGAUGGAGUUGUGGAUGUCUGUGUGUCCGAACCAGAGAGAAUUGAUUGGGAUCAUUGAGAAAUUCCCGGCUUCCUUCUUUACCUCCUCCAAUCACCAUGACAACCAGAGGAAUAAUAUUUCUUACUUUCAGAGCUUGAACCUCAACAAGCGCAUCAUCACCAAACUGAUGGCUAGCGCUCCACAGAGCUUCAGUCGGCCUGUGGAGCAGAACCAGUUGAUGGUCUCCACCCUUCAGCAGGCUUACCAGGAGCUCGGCGGUGAAGAGGCGAACAUGAAAAUUUGGCUUCAGAAGCUGCUGAGUCAGAAUCCGUUUGUCUUUCUCAAGUCACCAGAGGUGCUGAAACAGAAUCUGGUGUUCCUGAGAGACAGUGGCUUCAGCACUGCAGAGCUCCUCCAUCUUCUCUCCAAACUUAAAGGUUUUGUUACUGAACUGAACCCAGACAGCAUGCGUCGCUCCCUUAAUUUCUCCCAGGAAACCAUCGGCUGCUCCGAAGCAGAACUGAGGCACAUUAUCCUGAAGUGUCCGGCUCUGCUGUACUACCCAGAUUCUACGCUGGCCGAGCGCUUUAAGGGCCUCCUCAGCACUGGGAUCAGCAUGUCUCAGAUCAUAGCAACUCCAACCAUCCUGGAGCUGACCACACAGAUAGUGAAUUAUCGUAUCCAGAGACUGACGGCUCGUGGGUAUGAUGUGAGAACAGGCAGUCUGGAUGUUCUAAACGGCACCAAGAAGGACUUUGAAAUGAGUUUUGGGAAACUGCAACUUCGGCGAGAGAGACCACUGUUUAAUCCUGUGGCACCGUUAAAAGUAGAGGACUGACAGUUGGACUAAAAAUGCAUGAGACCUUCUGCUCUGAUCAGUUUUUAGAUUUAUUUCUGGUGUUUUAAAUUUAAAAGUGCAAUUCUGUCCAUCACUUUAUUGUAUGAGCUGCUGGCUUGUUUUCUUUCUACAGGUAAAAUAAUUCAAAUGACAACAGUCAGGGUGUCUUACAUUUGAUUUAGUUUUUUAAAGAUAUUUUUAAAGUGACAGUGUGUAGUUUUUUUGUUUUUUUUUUUACUAUUAAUCUUGGGAAAUAUCUAUCAAAAUGUCGUUGAAAAUGAAUUCAACGAUGCCCAGUUGUUGAAAAAUAUGGGCAGCUUUGUAAUACAGUAAUCCCUCGUUUAUCGCGGUAGAUGCGUUCCAGACCUGGCCGCGAUAGGUGAAAAUCCGCGAAGUAGGGACUCCCAGCAUGCCCCUCGCGGGGAUUCCCUCCACGUCACACCUACGUCACAAACCGCGGCUAUAAACGGAAGUCGCCUUUCCAGCUCACCACUCAGUCAUCGUUUCUUCAGAUUCAUGAUCAGAGUUUCCAACCUACCGAUCAAUCUAAUGAACUAUCAACUCAUAGUAAGUUAUCUUACUUCUGGAAAGCCCGGCAUUUCCGUGUCACUUUGUUGACGCUCGAACGCUCAGGGGUUUCCUAGAUCAGCCGGCGUUUCACCGACGCUAUCACUUCCGCGUCUGUGAAACCACUUGUUUUUUUUAGUUUUAUUACAAAAAGUGCAUUUUAUGAUGAAAUUGAUGAAAAAAAAAACAAGAAUUUCUUGAUAUUUCGCAUAGAAAAAUACCGCGAAUCAGUGAAAAAUACCGCAAAUCUGCAAAUUCCCCCUGAAAAAUGCUCCAAAGAAAAAAUCCGCGGAGCAGCGAAUCCGCGAUGAACGAACCGCGAAGUAGCGAGGGAUUACUGUAUAUAACCAUAAAAAUCUGGUCUAAGUCUCUGGGCGGUGCCAUAUUAGACACCAUGUUUCUUUCUACGGGAGCCCAUGAGGACACAAUGCAUUUACUGAUUUGUAACAAACGGUUAAAAAACUUUUGCCAUUCAUAAACGUUGUUGUUUAGCACAUUUACCUCUUCACUUGUUGCCAAUGAUGAAAAUGAGUCUGAUGCGCUUGUUGUUUUGCUGGAGGUUGAAUGAUCUGACAAAGUACUUGUUCAGAAAUUGUGCUCCCAGAGAUUUUUCGACUUUAAUGACCUUCCGUUGGUUACGUUUUUCUGGAACACAAAAACACUGCUUGCUUGCAGUGAUUUAGGUAUGUACUGUCCCCUAUCGCCACGGAAAAUACACACUGUUACUUUAAGUAUUAGUAUUAGGUUCAAAACAAUCCUGAAACUUCUUAAAUUGAUUAUUUAAGUUGUUUUUUUUUUUACAAUAAUCCAAAGUUGCAUCAUGAAGCAUAUUUGUUAUCUCUCUGCUGCCACAAUAAAAAAUGCUAUUAAAAAAUAA